GCUGGAUCACAGGCGAAUCUGAAAAUCAAUUAAGUUAUGAAAAAUACCAUUAAUUGCCUUUCUUUGUCGCCGCUGCUCAUGAAGAAAUGGCGGAUCUCCAGACGUCGGACGUUUGAGGGGAGACGCUUCGCACCGGAUGGCGUUCGCACCGACGGCAGAGGCCAUAAAAGACGGCAGGAAUAUUUCCGUUUUGUAGAUGAGAAUGAGCUGAUGGUCGUCUGCGAGAAGACAUUUCAGAAGAGAGAGCGGCGGACUGGAAGAUGCCAAGGAAAAAACAGCAGAAUCCACAGCCAGUAAAGUUGGAUUCUGAAGAUGGUAUAACCAGUGACACUCCAGGAAACCUUCCCUUAGACACAGACUUCCUGCUAGGACACGACCUUGAGUUUGGUGAUUCUGAUCAUGACCACAAGAUUCUAGGACUGGAAAAGUUCUCAGAAGUAGCUGCUGAGAUCGGUUUCUCUGUGUAUCCUCUGGGUGAUGAGGACAGUUCUGCCUACAGCCAGCUCAGCAUGGAAAGUGAAACAGACAACUCGCGCGGCGCCACGGACAACGGGAGGGACGACGAGGCGCGGUCGGCCCAGUCCGAGCCCACGUUCCCCCCCUACCUGUCCUGCAGGGGCUGCGGGCAGCUGAGAGACGAGCCGCUGGGCCCCGGCGUCGACCUGGUGGGCCCGUACUGCCUGAGGUGCUGCAAGGCCUCCCGGGAGGCCAAGAGCGCGGACUUCUGCCCGCCGUUCGGGAGCAUCGGCGGGAUUCGCCCCGGCCCGCAGCUGGAGUGCGACGGGGCGGGGGGCGCGAUGAGCGACAAGGCCCGGGCCCUCGACGACAAGCUGGCCAAACUGCACUCCUGCCACCUGUGCGGCUUCUCGUCCCGCUACGCCAACCACGUCAAGCGCCACAUGAAGACGCACAACGGCGAGAAGCCCUUCAACUGCCCGCUGUGCACGUACGCCUCGGCCCAGCUGGUCAACCUGCAGAGACACUUGCGCAUCCACACGGGGGAGAAGCCCUACAAGUGCGACAGCUGCACGUUUGCCUGCAGUUCUCUGGGCAACCUCAAGAGGCACCAGCGCAUGCACGUCCCGGGGCCCGUGCACGACCCGAUGCCGCGGCCCGCCGGUGGCCAGACCGGCGUGAAGAGGCACGCGAGACCUCACGAGGAAGGGUCCGGAGCGCCAGCCAAAGAGGUCGCGAGGGCGACGUCCAACCUCAGCCUGGGAGCCCAGAACAGCGACUACCUUUCAGCUUUUGACGGCAUAAAGGGGGCGUCGCCGCCCCCCAUCCCCGCCUCCAAUCCAGCCCCCGGUCACCACCCUCCGCCGCCACCUCCGCCUCCGCCGCCGCCGCCCAUACUAGAGACUGCGGGUGGCGGCGGCGGCGGCAGAGCGCCCAGAGGGGGCGGAGCUGACGGCGGUAGCGCCGCCGCCGCUCUCCCGCCCUCGCUCUUUCCGUUCACCUGCCGGCUGUGCGGCGUCGUCCUGGAGGACGAGGACGGCUCCUCGGCCCAGAUCUGUGCCAAGUGUACCCUGGAGAUGCUGACGAAGGACUCGUCGUCGUCUCCCAACAGCCCCGGCGAGCGCAGCGACAAGGUGUACACCUGCGCCGCCUGCCCCUUCCUCACGCACUACCCCAACCACCUGGCGCGGCACAUGAAGACUCACAGCGGCGAGAAGCCGUACAAGUGCCCGCAGUGCGACUACGCCUCGGCGCACUUCGACAACCUCAAGCGCCACCACCGGGUGCACACGGGCGAGAAGCCCUACAAGUGCCACCUGUGCGACUACGCCUGCGGCAACCUGGCCAACCUCAAGCGGCACCAGCGCGUGCACUCGGGCGCCAAGCCCUUCCAGUGCGCCGUGUGCAGCUACAGCUGCAACCAGAGCAUGAACCUGAAGCGGCACAUGCUGCGGCACACCGGCGAGAAGCCCUACAAGUGCCAGGAGUGCGGCUACACCACCGGCCACUGGGACAACUACAAGAGGCACCAGAAGAAGCACGGCCUGGCCACCGACGGCUGGGUCAAGGUCCCCAUGACCGGGCACGGCGAGGCCGAGGCGCCCAGGAAGCGCAUGGAGGCCGGCGCUCAGACGAACAGGAAGGAGGCGGGCGUCGAUAUGCAGUACAUGCCCCGCGAGGGAGGCCAGACGAUACACUCCUGCUACAAACUUGAGAUCGCAUAAAUUAUAACUCAGCAAACCUAAGCUACCAGCAAGUUGUCGUUCGAUUUCUACAGAGCCUUUAUAUCUCUCUGUAUGUGUCAGUCGGUCAGUGUCUUGUCAAACGUCCUCCGAGGCUGCUAUUCGUUCCGUUUCUUUGUAGAAUAUCGCACAAUAGAUAAAGAGUCCUCUUUAGAAUACUUUGAUGCCUUUUGGGAAGAAGGGAAGGGGGGGUGGGAGGUCUGUUUCGACUUUGUUCGUCUUCUCCUGUGUUUUCGUGUCGGCUCCGGACUGCAGAAGUCCUUUCACUGUUCCCUGUGUGUUCGCCCAUGCUCUGUCGUCGAGGACGGUUCCCUCUCUGGCUCCCACACACACCUGUACACUACCAAAUAAUUCUUCUCACAUGGAACUGAUGCACAUGUUUGCCUGGAUUAUUUCUGCACUGUUGUUUUAAAUCCUUUCCGAGAUCAUUCAUCAAAACCGAAUGGUAUUCUCGGCGCUGUGUGGUGGUGUGGGGUUUAACACUCUGGCCUCACAGUGAGAAAGUCCCUUCUUUUAAGUUUUGAUGUGGAGUUUGCAUGUUCUCUGGAUGAGCUCGCUCCCAUUUCCUCCCGCAGUCAAAAAUCACACAUCUGAGGCUACAUAGUGGCUCUAAUUUACCUGUAGGUGUAAAGAAUUUCAUUUGGAUUGAGCCUUUGGGUUGUUCUAACAUGAAAUUUGACUUCAAACCUGACUUUAUUCAACACAGUGCAGCUUCGUGGUUUGUUUCUGGGUCCAAGCUUGGGUACGGACAUGCCUUCAUAUCGCCGCGAUAAUGUAUGUUCCUCUAUCUAAGUGCUAUUUCGUCGUCCUGGAAUGGCCUUCGCAGAGAAUUCAUUCAGAUUAUUGGGUUGCGUCAUUGUCACUGAACAUGUUUUUCUCCAUGGUCACAGUUUCCAACCCCUCAGGAUUAAUGAAGUAUCUUUUUUGAAACGAAAAACAGUUACUAUAACAAUAAAACUGCAUGUAGAACCGUUUGGUAAGUUCUAUUCCGACUUAAAAAAAAAAA